AUGGCGGCUGGAAGGCCCUUUUCCGACAUCACUACCUUCCUGCGCAACCAAACCGCUCCUCCCACUUCCCAACCUCUCGAUUCUCUCUUCCUCUCUUCUUCCACUGCUCCUUUUCUUGGUUCGAGAUCCAUGAUGAGUUUCGAAGGAGAAGGAGGGAAGGGGUGUAACGGCUCCUUCUUCCGCGCGUUUGAUUUAGACGAGAAUGGAGAUGAGUGCAUGGACGAGUACUUUCAUCAACCUGAGAAGAAGCGCCGUCUCUCUGCCAACCAGGUUCAGUUUCUCGAGAAGAGCUUCGAGGAAGAGAACAAGCUUGAACCCGAGAGAAAAACCAAGUUGGCCAAAGACCUCGGUUUGCAGCCACGCCAAGUUGCUAUUUGGUUCCAGAAUCGUCGUGCUCGAUGGAAGACCAAACAGCUCGAGAAGGAUUACGAGAUUCUGCAUGAAAGCUUUGAGAGUCUCAAGGCCAACUACGAAAACCUCCUCAGGGAGAAAGACAAGUUGAAAUCUGAGGUGGCGCACCUAAGUGAGAAGGUGCUUGCAAGAGAGAAAGAAGAGGGUAAGUUGAAGCAGGCUGAAAGUGGAACAAAGGGAUUGCAGGACCAGGAACAACCCCAAAGACCUAUACUUGAUUCAGUUUCGGAGGGUGAAGGAUCCAAAGUGUCUUCUGUUGUCGGGGGUUGCAAACAGGAAGAUAUCAGUUCAGCCAGGAGUGACAUUCUGGACUCAGAUAGCCCGCAUUACGCGGAUGGAGUUCACUCUGCGGUGCUAGAGCACGGUGAUUCUUCUUAUGUGUUUGAGCCUGAUCAAUCGGACACGUCACAAGAUGAAGAAGACAACCUCAGCAAGAGUCUGUACCCGUCGUACCUCUUUCCCAAACUUGAAGAUGUAGAUUACUCCGACCCCACCGAAAGUUCUUGUAAUUUUGGAUUCUCGGAGGAAGAUCACGCCCUUUGGACCUGGGCGUACUAA